UGUCUUAAGUCGGCAGCUCCUCUCUCUCUCUCUCUCUCUCUCUCUGGACUGGCUUCUAUAUAAACCACACGUAAAACCCCAUUGGAAGAAAGAAAGAAAGAAUCCAACCUCUCCCGCCUUCAUAAACCCCCCUCAAAACCUGCUGCAAACUUUCUAUCGUGAUUCUUCUUCACAGUUACGUUUACUUUAUUCAUUGGUAUUUUCUUCCCUCCUUUUAAUUGGCGUUUUGGGUUGAUGGGAUUUGCUUAAUCUGGGCGUUGAAUUAAUUGUUUAAUAUAAUACUUUGAUUGGUAUUUGAUAAAGUUGGGGUCGUUUGUCUCAGUAAGGCGGUUUGCUACUCUUUACUCGCUUUGGAAAGUGUUCAUGUUGUAAAUAGGGAUCUAUUUAGGAAAGUUGAAGCUUUUGACUAUGAAAACCCCAUCUAGGUCUGAUUUCCGGUAUUAAAUUGGCCCUAGUUUGGUUAAUUUGUGAAGCUAGGGUUCUGAAUCUUGAAUUGGGUAGGAUUGGUUGGAAGAUACUAGGUCCAGUCUAAUUGGUUUAUACUUUAUAGGGGAUUCUGAAUUUGCUUCACUCUAGAAGACUUAGAAGGGUAUUUCUGUUUUUGACAUUAGGAAGUUUUUGAAAGUAAAUUUCGGCAGCUAUUUUUUGUUAGCAAGGACAAUGGAAUCAAUUGCAACGGCGUCUAUUUUGGGGUAUCCACCGGUAUGGGAGAGAUAUUGCCCAAAGGAUGUCUCAAGCAAAAGGAAUCCAUUUAAUUUCUGCCGGUUUCCAGUAACGAAAUUCCUUGGUAGAAAACUCGUUUGUUCUGCUCCCAUGUCGCGAUUGGGAGUUGGUCGCUUAGCAGUUCCAUCGAUUAAGGCUAAAGCUGUGGAGCUAACCAAGAAGGCAUAUUGUUUUUUAGAAGAGCGAAUCGAUAGGGGUUUUGAGAAGCGAGUAGACACUGGAUUGGAUCGAAAACUGGGGUUGUGGCCACGGGAGAAUAAGGCUGAUAAGCCUUCACUAGAAAAUCCAUUGCUUCAACGAGAAAGAAUGGGUUCUGGGUGGUUUGGUGCAAUCUUUGAAUGGGAAGGGGUUUUGAUUGAAGAUAACCCUAAUCUCGAGAAUCAGGCCUGGCUAACUCUUUCUGAGGAAGUAGGAAAAUCCCCUCCCCUGGGUUUCAUACUUAAUAGAAUCCAAGGGAUGAAGAAUGAACAUGCCAUUUCUGAAGUUCUCUGCUGGUCUAGAGACCCAACUCAAGUGGCAAGAAUGGCUUCAAGGAAAGAACGGAUUUACCAAGCUUUACGUGGUGGGAAAUAUGGAUUCCGAUUUGGGUCGAAGGAGUUUGUCAAGUUCCUGAUGGAUUACAAGAUUCCAAUGGCAUUGGUCUCAACUCGUCCAAGAAAAACCCUUGAGAAAGCAGUUAGAGCCAUGAGGAUGGAAGGUGUUUUUAGCGUUAUUGUGGCAGCAGAAGAUGUGUACAGAGGGAAACCUGACCCGGAAAUGUUUGUUUAUGCGGGGCAGCUUCUGAAUUGUAUACCGGAGAGGUGUAUUGUGUUUGGAAAUUCGAAUCUUACAGUUGAGGCGGCUCAUGAUGCCCGGAUGAAGUGUGUGGCGGUUGCUAGCAAGAAUCUGGUGUAUGAACUUGGGGCUGCUGAUUUGGUGGUGACUCACCUGAAUGAGCUUUCUCUUGUUGAUCUGAAGAAUCUUGCUGCUAUCGAAUCAGCUGAGUUUGGGUCUGGCGAGUUGGAGCUGGAGAUGGAGAUGGAGGAAGAAGAUGAGCCAUACCGAUCUUCGUAUGCAGCUGUCAAUGAUGAUUUCUGGUAACCCCUUUGUAAUGUAAGAGUACUAAUCUAUAUUUUGAUUACUGAAGUUCACUUUGGUUAUACUGUAUAUAAGUAGGAAAAUUUGAAAAGCAAAAGAAUAAGGUAGUCUACAUUGGACCACCUUUAUAUCAUCAUGCAUGUGUUGUUCAUAAUGUUACAUUAUUGAUGAUGGUUUGGUACUUGCCAAUUAUCUG